AUGAUCAAUAAUUUGAACGCGGUCAAGCCGUACAAUGAUUACUUCAACCUCAACAGCGAUCUGAUAGGUCUCAACGUUGCGAUUAUCAGCGCUGGUUCGGUCUUGGGAGCUCCGGUGGUGGGACCGGCAGUUGAUCGUUGGGGGCGGAAGAUGGGCCUUGCCGCUGGCUCCAUCUGCAUCAUUGUUGGAGUUAUCCUACAAGCUUCAGCAUCAGGUGUGCCGCAACUCCUUGUCGGUCGGUUCAUUAUCGGAUUCGCUUCGUUAGUCAACGGCUCCAUUGCCCCUAUGUGGGUGAUGGAGCUGGCUUCGCCAAAGCACAGAACCAUCUGCUCUAGCACGGUACUCGUUUCUGUGCCAUUCACAUCUUUCUUGGUUGCUUGUAUCGUACUAGGAAUCUUCGACAAGGAUUCUAACUGGGUAUGGAGAGGCAUCAUGUUGGGCGAGGCAGUCCCUUCCAUCUUCUCACUCUGUCUCUUGCCAUUCGUUGAUGAGAGCCCUCGAUGGUUAUUUUCCAAAGGACGCGUUGAGGAGGCGACCGAGGUUCUCGCCCGCCUGCAUGCUGAUGGGGACGUUCAUAACGUUGAUGUACUUGCCGAAGCGCAGGAGAUUGUAGCUUCUCUCAAUCAGGAGAAGGACGGUCAAGGGGCAUGGUGCGAACUCAUUACACCCGGUGAGCAGUUCACAAACAACAUUCUCCAAAUGUUAGCUUACCCGACGUUUUCUGCAGCCUCCAACAUGAAACGAUUCACUAUCGCUGUUUUGACAAACAUAUUCUAUCAAAUACUCGGAGGGAACAUGAUUCUGUACUUCUCGUCGUACAUCAUCUCGAGCCUAGGUGUUUCCAGCAGAAGAUCGAUUAUUACUAUCAACAUGGCUCUCCUGCUGUGGAAGGCCUUUUGCAGUAUCCUUGGCGUAUUCCUCAUCGACCGGGUCGGCGCGCGGAAGCCAUUGCUUGCCGGCACAUCAGCAACUGUGAUUUUGUUUGGUCUCUUAUCUGGCUUAUCUUACCUCACGGAAGUCCAUCAAGAAACCAACUCUUACGCCAUUGGUUCAAUUGUCGUCGUUGCACUUUUCUUGCUUGCAGUCUCUACCAGUUGGAUGAUCUUGGCAUACACCUAUCCUCCCGAAAUACUGCGGUACUCGCAGCGAGCGAAGGGUGUGGUGGUCGCCCAAGCCAUCGGCUACGCGUUCAGCUUCCUUAAUCUCUACACCGCUCCUUUAGCUAUCGAACGAAUCUCCUGGCGGUACUACGCGAUAAAUGGUGGUUGGAACCUGGGGAUUCUAGCCGCCAUAUACUGUUUGUUUGUUGAGACUAAAGGCAGAACGUUGGAAGAAAUUGACGAGGUCUUUGAUGGCGUGGUAUACUCCAACGAUGUCAUAAUCAAUGCCCAAGGCUCGAAAGGCACGCUGGAGCAAGAUGGAGAAGACAACAAGAGUCUAACGAAGCGCAAGCUUCGAAAAGUCGACUCUGCGAACUGA